AUGCAGAGUGUUUAUUCGGUGUUAUUAGUGUCUUGGAUAUCCUGUGUUCAGACAUUGAGAAUUGGUUUGUUUCUUCCUAUUACUUUAAUUAGAAAUUUUAAAUUAAUGAUAUAUUUUAGAACAAUGUAAUGAUGAGGCUCUUGGUAUGGAAAAUGGUUUGAUUUCGGACUCACAGAUCACAUCUAGCAGCACUUUUGAUAAACAAAGUGUUGGUCCACAAAAUGCCAGACUUCAUACUGAAUUUGCAUCUGGAGCAUGGUGUCCCAAAUCGCAAAUCAACUCGAAAUCUUAUGAGUAUCUCCAGGUAAACAGAAAUUGAAGAUAUUUUUCAAGAUCAUAAAUAAUAUUUUUUCAGAUCAAUCUGAAUCAAACACAUUUGAUAACAGCGGUCGAAACGCAGGGAAGAUAUGGAAAUGGUACUGGUCGAGAAUUUGCAAGUGAAUAUAUGAUUGAUUACAUGAGAACCGGAAGUCAGUGGAUACGUUAUCGAAAUCGGACAGGGCAUGUGGUAUGUGCGGGGAAAAUGUUGCAAAAUAUGAAGAGGUUUAGGGGUUUCGAUUCAUUGAAUGGGGGGGGGGGAGUUCGAAGAAAAAUGGAUAUUAUUUGAACUUCUAACGUUUCCAAACAGAGAGAAAAUUGUUUUCCUAAAGAAAUAUCAUAUAAAAUUUUCAGAAAAAAUUCAAAGUCCCUUAACAUUAAUAUACAUAUUUUCCAGAUGAUGAGUGGUAAUUUUGACACGACAACUCCAGUGAUUCGCGAGUUUGAUCCUCCAAUAAUUGCUCAAAAAAUACGUAUCAUCCCAACCUCUAAAGCUACUCGAACUGUUUGUCUUCGAGCAGAAGUUCAUGGUUGCAAACAUCAGGGUGUUAUUUACUAUUCUACUGUUCAAGAUGGAUCCCGUCAGGAAAAUCUAGAUUUUCGAGAUUUGAUUUUUGAAGAUAGUCAGAUGUUUACAGAAUCUGGAAUCAAGCGGUAAGAAAACUCUCUAGAUUUUGUGCUCAUAAUACGAGAAAUAUUUGUUUUUCAGGGGAUUGGGAUUACUUACUGAUGGAUAUGUUGCUCAAUCAUCACCAUAUGAAGAAGAUUCGAAAAAUGCCAGUUGGAUUGGUUGGAGUAAAGCAAACACUGAUGGAAGCAUCAAUAUCCUUUUCGAAUUCGAGGAAAUCCAUAAUUUCACAGAUGUUGUUCUAGCCACUUUUGGUAAUCGCAUUGAUCAAAUCGAUGUGAUUUUCAGUCAAGAUGGAAAAGCAUAUCCACUUUAUUCAACAAUUUCAUCAAGCGAGCGACAAACCGCAAAUCAUACAAGUAGACGAUAUGAUUUCCGUGUUCCUCUUCAUAAUCGAAUUGGCAAAAAAGUUCGAAUAACUAUCAAGUUUUCAACUGAUUGGAUGUUUCUCACUGAAGUCCAUUUCACUUCAACAACUAAUAAACCUUCACCAGUUAUCAAAACUGCUACAAAUCCAGAUUCUCCAGCAAUUCAACAAUUUUUGGUGGUUUGUGGAAUUGUAUUUUUGACGAUUUUCUCGUGUGUGGCGUAUUGUAUCACUUUGUGUAUUAGAAGAAGACAAAAUAAUAAUGAGAAAAAAUGUGAACAGGUUUGUUAUUGAUUUUGAAUUAAUCCCACAUUUGAAUAUGAGCAUUAUUUUUCUAGAUCUUGAAAAAGGAUUUGAUAAUCACACAUAUGGGAAACAAACCAUCAUGCCACGUAUUUCCUUCAAAUAUCAAAAAUACUGGUAAAGGUCCAUUUGAAAUGGCAAACGAUAUUUAUUAUGCGAGAUCUCAAAAAUCUACGCUAUUAAGUGUUUCCUCAAAAUCAACUUCAAGUUAUCGAAAUUUGCCACCAACAUGGAGUGAUUUCAAUUUCCCACCACCUCCAGAAAUGAAUGAAGAACAAGUAUAUUCACAACAUGUUUCUACUGAAUCAAGCAGCAAAAGUGGAUCUUUCAAAUCUAAUAAAGGAGUUACAGAAGUGUGAGUCAAAGAUACUGUAACUUAAUUUGUUCGGGAAAAAAAAUUCUGAAUUUUGACAAAAUACUCAAUUAUGUAUACCCUUUAUUAAAUUAAAUUCAAUUAUUUUUCCUGUUUUUUUUUCAGAAAAAAAUAUCCGAGUAGCUCUUUGAUGUUAGGACAUGCGAUUGGUGAGGGAAAAUUCACUCUAAUUCGAGAAUGUGUUGUGUUCGGAGGAUCGAAAGUUGCACAUAAAUCUAUCAAAGAUGUCGAUUGUCCACAUGGAAGGUUCGUAAAAACCACUGUUUGUGCAAAAUAUUAAUUUUGAAAUUUUUAGGAGAGCUUUGAAUGAUGAAAUUGCUAUGUUAAUGAAAUGUGGAAAACAUCCAAAUAUUGCUGAACUUUUGGCGGUUGAUGAACAUUGCAAUUUGAUUUUGGAAUUUGUUGAACUUGGAAGCAUCAAUUUGUUCCUUCAGGCAUCUCCAUCGCCGUUCGAGUGAGUUUUGGAGUUUUUUUUUAAUAUUGCAAUACUGAACUGAAAGGGUGAACAAAAAUAUGUGAUGCUUUGAAUAGGAUCGUAAAAAUAUAGGUUCAUUUGUUGAAAAAAUCUUUCCUUUAUCAAUUUUUAGCCGUUUUCUCAAAUAUUUCCUCAAUCACAUUUUUUGAGAAAAAAUCAAAACAAAAAUGUUUUGGGAGAGCGAAAUAAUAAAAGAUUUAAAAAACACGAACACGAACAUUCAAAGUCUUCAUAAUGAUCUACAAAUUGACAAAAAUUGCAUGAAUUGUAGAAAUCUCCAAACAUUUUUUGUGAACCAAUCUUAAAUUUUUUCAGAGUCGAUUUCCUCAUCCUAAUCUGCAAAGAUAUUUGCUCUGCGAUGACAUAUCUAGAACAAAUCGGUGUUGUUCACGGACAUUUAACCCCAAAUAAUGUGCUACUUGGUUCUGAUUUACACGCAAAAAUCUGCUCGCCACGUGGACCUUCACAUCAUGCACAAUUGAGAUAUUCCGCUCCAGAAUGUAUUGUUCAUGUAAGAGAGCUUUCUGUUUUUUUUUUGAAAAAAAACAUUGUGAAAUUUCAGAACGAGUUUACACAUAAAUCCGAUAUUUGGUCAUGUGCUGCCACAAUUUGGGAAAUGAGUUAUCAAUGUCAAACAAGGCCCUAUGAAAGUUUGACAAAUGAACAAAUCGUUGAUAAUGCCUGCGCACUUCUUGAAGGCAAAUCUGAUACUGUGAGUAAUUAUAAUGAUCUACAAAAUUUUUCGAUCUCCGAAAAAAACGUGGUUCUUUUUAUCAUAUUUCUAUUUAUCAAGUUUUUCGGAGAAAUUUGAUAAUUUGAACUUUUCGCCUUUGAAUGUUUUUUCUCAGAGUUUGGUUAAUGCUCGCAAAAAAAAAGUUUUUUUUGUACACAAAAAAUAUUUGACCUCGUGGUCUUUUCUCUUUCUCUUUUCCAAUAAAUAUCAUUUUUCUGUUUUACAAAAAAAAGAGAAAUUUUCAGUUUGAUAUAUUUAGUUUGAUCGAUUUUUUUGCAGGAACUUCUCGAAUUCCCGCCCAUUUUCAAUAAAUCAUGUAUGAUUUUACUUGAACAAUGUUUUGCCAGCAAUCGUCAAGACCGUCCAGUUUUUGAAAAACUUUGGAAGUCAUUUUGA